ACACAUAUUCACCUGCGGCGCGCAAAAUCCAAUAACCAGAUCCUCUUCGGACACUCCUCCACCCAUUCGCACCAUCCCACGCUAACACCCACGCGCUAUUGCCAACUUCCUCGCGGCUCACACGCUCUCCCAAAAGCGCGUAAGUCUCUACGUCAUUCCACGAACUUUGUGAGUUCUCCGGUCGUUGGUACGCUUGACAAAUCAAAGAUGUAACCGAGAUUUCAAACCUACCAUCAUAAAUGCAUUUGAAUUAUAAAUUAUUUAUGUAGCAAUUUAGGGUUUAUAUAUAGAAGCCUAAAAGGGGCUAAUUUGGGUUGAAAUUAGGUUGAAAAAUUGAUAGAUAUAGAAUUAUCAAUGGUGGAAGCAGAGGUGGGGAAGAAGGUGAAGAAGAAUGAAAAUACUGGGAGAUUGAAAUGGGGUUUUGUGAUUGGGGCUUUUCUUGUGGUUUUAGCUGCUAGUGCAAUGAAUUCUCCACAUUCUCACAAGAUUUCUACUUUUCUCAAUAAUCACAAGAUCUGCAGCUGUUCCCAGGGUUCUCACAAGUAUUCUGGCAUAAUUGAGGACUGUUGUUGUGAUUAUGAGACUGUAGAUAAUAUUAAUGGUGCAGUGUUGAACCCUUUGUUACAAAAGCUCGUUACUACUCCAUUCUUCCGAUACUUUAAGGUUAAACUAUGGUGUGACUGUCCCUUCUGGCCUGAUGAUGGUAUGUGCCGGUUACGUGAUUGCAGUGUCUGUGAAUGUCCCGAUAAUGAAUUUCCCGAGUCAUUUAAGAAGCCAUCAUAUCGUAGUCUUUCAUCUGAUCAUUUGGUAUGUCAAGAGGGAAAACCCCAGGGUACUGUUGAUCGCACACUGGACUCCAAAGUUUUCAAAGGCUGGGUGGAGAUAGAUAAUCCAUGGACCAGUGAUGAUGAAACUGAUAAUGGUGAGAUGACAUACGUAAAUCUCUUAUUGAACCCCGAACGUUACACUGGAUACACCGGCCCAUCUGCCAGGAGGAUCUGGGAGGCUAUAUAUUCAGAAAAUUGUCCAAAAUAUAGAUCUGGCGAGAUUUGCCAGGAAAAGAAAGUCUUAUACAAAUUGAUAUCAGGCCUUCACUCCUCAAUCUCAAUUCACAUUGCAGCUGAUUAUCUUCUUGACGAAAAGACCAAUAUGUGGGGUGAGAAUCUCGAAUUGAUGUAUAAUCGUAUUUUGAGAUAUCCUGAUCGUGUCAGAAACCUGUAUUUCACUUUCCUAUUUGUUCUCAGAGCUGUAACGAAAGCAUCAGAUUACUUGGAGCAGGCUGAGUAUGAUUCUGGCAACCAUGCUGAGGAUGUUAAAGCACAGUCCUUAAUGCAUCAGCUACUUAACAAUCCAAAAUUGCAAGCUGCAUGUCCAUUGCCAUUUGAUGAGGCCAAGUUGUGGCAAGGACAAAAUGGCCCUGAACUAAAGCAGCAGAUUCAGAACCAAUUCAGAAAUAUUAGUGCCCUGAUGGACUGUGUAGGAUGUGAGAAGUGUCGCCUUUGGGGAAAGCUACAGGUUCUUGGUUUGGGGACUGCUUUAAAUAUACUCUUUUCAGUCAACAAUGAAAAUGACCCAGCUCAACGGCUACAGUUGCAUAGAAAUGAAGUGAUUGCACUUGUAAAUCUACUUAAUAGACUCUCAGAAUCGAUCAAAGUUGUUCAUGAGAGGGGCCCCUUGGUUGAAAGGUUGAUGAAGCAUUUACCCUCGGAAAGUUCUGUUCAACAGAUGAGUGUAUGGAAAAGAUUGUGGGAAUUAACACUUGGCCGGUUGAACAAGCUCAGAUAGCAUAUCUGUGUUUAAUUUUAAGACAUUUUGUACAUCAAUGUAGACUGUGUAAGAGCUUUAUACCAAGAUAUUAGAAAACAGACCUGCCAUUGAAGGUAUACAAAUGCACGCUCUGAGAGACAAUUGGCAUUUAUAUUAUUGAAGGUAUACAAAUGCACACCGAGGGACAGAUGGGAUGUAUAUUAUGAUUACUAUUUGUUCUGAACAAUACAAUUAGAUUGAAAGCAUACGUUUUACGUUGA